GUCGAGCCUUGGUCGGGACGCGCCUUUCAGGCGCGGUCACAUGAGGGUGGACGCGUCGGGGGGCCGAGUGAGGCGGGCGGCUGAAUCAAAGAUGUACGAUCGCAAGCAGCGGGGGAGCUUGGAUGAUCGUCUUCGCGAAUCCCACAGUCUCGUCCUUCUCGGACAUGUUCACCCUAUCAGGCGCCAGAGAUAGCUGGAGUCCUUCAUAUACAGUACACAACCACCGUAACGUUCGUGUGCGCCGGCUUGUCCCCUGACCUUGUCCAUCAUGUUCACGAGGCUUUCCGGUCUUGCUCUGCUCGUCUCAGCUGCUCUGGUGGUCGCACACGAACAUCGCGACCAGAUCCCGCUUGACGACUUUGCUAGUCCUACGACGGGCCAUGAUCCUGCAGACUCUGAUGCCUGGCUGAAGAAGUACGGGAAACAAAUCGACCAGGUCUUCUCCGGACCUCUGUCGUUCUCCCACCUUCCGUACAGCCGAUGUCUCGAAGACCCCUCCGCGGACUUCGACAUCGCAGUGCUGGGCAUGCCAUUCGACACGGCGGUGACCUACCGUCCUGGGGCACGCUUUGGGCCGUACGCUAUCCGCUCAGGAAGCAGGAGACAGAGGGAUACCCGCGGGUACACUCUGGCGUGGAAGGUGAACCCAUAUGAACUGGGAUCGAGGAUCAUUGACUGUGGCGAUGUGCCUGUGAGCCCAUUUGACAAUGCUCUCGCAGUCGAUCAGAUGGAGGUGGCAUACUCGAGCUUGCUAGCCAGGGCAGUUGGAAGCAACGACUCACCAGCCCGUUCUAAUGCCGUCCGUGUAUUCGCAAAGGAUGGCAAGGAGCACCCUCGCAUAAUCACACUGGGUGGCGAUCAUACUAUUGUGCUCCCUAUCCUGCGCUCCCUCAACAAAGUGUAUGGGCCAGUCUCUGUCAUCCACUUCGAUGCGCACCUGGACACCUGGCCUGCAUACCCCGGCACAACCACGGAGCAGUCGCGUGUCACGCACGGCACAUUCUUCUAUCUCGCCCAGGAGGAAGGCCUCAUGACCAACACCAGCAUCCACGCCGGCAUCCGUUGCAAGCUUCAAGGAUACGGCGAUAUCGAGAACGACGAGUCUGUCGGAUUCCAGCUCAUCUCGUCGGAUGACAUCGAUGACUACGGAGUGAAUGCGAUCAUCAAGCGCAUUCGUGACCGUAUCGGCGACUCUCCUGUGUAUCUCAGCCUCGAUAUCGACGUCAUCGAUCCCGGGUUGGCACCAGCUACUGGUACUCCUGAAGCAGGAGGCUGGACGACCCGCGAGGUCAAGCGUAUCAUCCGCGGCCUUGCAGGUCUGAACUUCGUCGGUGCAGAUAUCGUCGAGGUCGCGCCAGCAUAUGACAACGCUGAAAUCACCGGGAUUGCUGCGGCCGACAUCGUGCACGACUUCCUGUCGAUGUUCCUCACCCAGGAGCCACCGAAGGCACCUACCUCGCGCUCAUGGGGCGCAAGAGAUGAGCUGUGAUAGAACUGCUGUGAUCAGCUUCCGUCACUCCAGGUGCCUGUCAGUACUUAGAACUUAUCAGAAACGCUUACCACUCCAAAGCGGCCGCUAGAAAGCGCACAAAACUGAACGUCGCA